GAUUUUUGUGUAUCUUAUAUUAAAAAAAUACAAAAUUAGAUACUUAUUUGUGAGGGGGGGAUGGGUAACCAACUUACUGGAUUAUCACCUUCACCAGUCGUUGAAGAUUAUUUAUCUGAAUUAUCCGGCUUAGUUGUAUUUGAAGAAGAACUCUGCGGUUCUAGACUGUUUAAAGUGGCUAAAAUAAGAUCUGUUGAUGGAGAUAAUCCACGUUCACUUGUAGCGAAAAUAUUUCCCAAUCCAAAUAUCUCCCAGUUAUUAUGGCGCUAUCAAGCUAUUAUGUUGCCUUACUGUCAUCGUAUUAAUUCUGGUUAUAAUUUACUCUUUUUUAGCACAUCAUAUAUAACUGAACGUAGCGGAGUACUUAUCAGGGAUUUUAUUGAUCAGUCAUUAGCUGAUCGUCUGUGUACAAGACCAUUUCUAUGUAUUGAAGAUAAAAGAUGGAUCGCUUAUCAAUUAUUAUGUGCUGUUGAUCAGCUUCAUAGUUAUUCAACCAAAGCUUAUAGUAAACAUUCUAGAACUAAUUAUUCAUCUCUUUGUCAUGGAGAUAUUAAAGCGGAAAAUGUUUUAAUCACCUCUUGGGGAUGGGUACUUUUGGCUGAUCCAGCUCCAUUUAAACCAGUUUGGUUACCAUCUGAUAAUCCGAGUGAAUUUACACGUUUUUUUGACUCAUCACGUCGACGUGUUUGCUAUUUAGCACCAGAACGCUUUGUCGAAGUACACAGUUGUACAACGACAACUGUUACUACUACCACAACCACCAUUCCAACUGUUACUGGCUCUGAAGCAACAAAUCUGGAUAGUCUUUUGGAAGAUGUAACUAUAUGCUCUGAAGAAACAAAAAACAAUGUAAACAUGCUUGUAAAUGAGUGUGAUAAUACUCUAAUAAAAUCUAUUACGGUAAACGAAUCGAAUCCUUUAAAUAAUGAAUACAAUAUCGACUCUGGUAAACAACAACUCACCAUUGAAAUUUCCGAUUUGAUUAGUAGUAAUAAUAAUAAUUUCUCUAAAAGUGAAUCGUCUUAUUUGAUUGCGAAUUCCAGUGAACUAUCUACUCAACUCAGUGUAACUUCAUCGCCUUCGCUCAUCUUAAACACUGAAGACUGUGAUAUACAAAAUUCUACUGAUGAAGUGAUUGAUUUUAAGCAACGAACAAAAUUUAUGACAUCAAAUUUACUUGACUCAGAUUGUCAUUUAACACCAAGUAUGGAUUUAUUUUCGAUUGGAUGUGUUCUGUUGGAAUUGUUUACUGACGGAUCAAUAGCCUUCACAUUGGCCGAUUUACUGGCCUACAGACGAAAUGAUCAAAGUCGUUUAUCGAAACUUUUAGAACAAGUUCCAUGUGAACAUGCCAAAUUUCUAAUCUCUACUUUGUUAUCAUUGGACAAAGAAGAACGCCGUACAGCUGCCGAGCACUUAGAACAACAACGAGGCAAAACUUUUCCAAGUGUCUUUUAUACACAUUUAACACCAUAUCUUCAAAACUUUCUAAAUCCAAUACUUAAUUCUCCUGAUUCAAGGAUAUCAUUUCUUAAAUUAACUAUGACAAAUUUCCUUCAGCAGGUUACUGAUUCAGGAUCAGAAAAUUUAAGUACUGUUGCUGUUAUCAUAUGCAAUUUAAUUAUUAGUGUUCUACGACCUACAUCAUAUAGUCAAAAUACGCAAACUCCAAUCACAGCUGCCGAUUUACCAACGUUAACGCAAAUUAAUAGAGUCAAUACUACUGAUCCCUUUAAUUUAAUACGCAACAAUUUGCAUUCAUCUGACAAAAAAGAAUAUUCAACACGAUCAAAUCGUUUAAGUGAAACUGGUAAAGUUAAUGCAUUAAUGUGCUUGCUCGAGAUUGCUAACCAUAUGCAACCCAAUUUAUUAAUGGAUCGUGUAAUACCUUAUUGUAUGGAAUUAACGACAUUAUCACAUUCUGGUGAAGUACGCAGCUUAGCUAUUGAAUCACUGACACAUAUUUUCAAAUUAGUAAUACAGAAAUGUGAAAAAAUUAAUGAAUUUGCAUCAUUUUUGGAGGAAACAUUUUUAGCAGAAUAUCUCUUUCCUAAUUUAGCACCUCUUAGCAUGGAUCCCAAACCAGAAGUACGGUUAACUUUGGCACGAUGUUUACCUAUAUUGGCAACAUGCUCUUUAAAGUUCCUCAAUAUCAUAACAAAGUUGCGUUCCGAGUCAACUGAUGUCAAGCAUAAGUCUCCUGAUUUUGUACAUGAUUGUCAAGGUGAUCAAAAAACUGCUGACAAUUACUUGUCUAUUUUAAGAUUACAUAUACAAGAAAGAUUAGUUGCAUUACUCUCCGAUCCACAUCCACAUGUUCGUCUUGGUCUAAUGAAUACAAAUGGUUUAUCAUGUUUAGCAUCAUUUUUUGGUCGAUCCGGUACAAAUGGCACACUGUUAUCACAUAUGAUCACAUUUCUAAAUGAUAAAUGUAAACCUGAAUUACGAGCUGCAUUUUUUCGACAAGUUUCUCCUUUGGCAACAUUGACUGGAGCACAGUUUGUUACGAUUCUUCGAUCAUUACUCGAACAAGGCUUAAUAGAUCCUGACGAUAUGGUUAUUGAAGAGUGUUUACACUGUCUAACUAAUCUUUUACGAAGACGAUUGCUCAGUGCACCCAUCGCAGUUUCAUUCUUGACUCGCGCUUUAGCAUUAACCGCACAUCCAUGUUUACGAAUUCGUCAAGGAUCUGUGGCCUAUAUUACAUCUUUUGCUCGACUAGCUGUUAACUUUGCUGAAAAGUCUCAAUCACGAGUUCUAACUGAAGAUGAAGACACUGUACCUAUGGUACAUCAUUUUUGGCCAGGUAUUUGUAGUCCUGCAAGUGUUUAUGCUCGUUUAGUUAAUAUUGAAGUUAAGAAGACUAUUUUCCGGCGACCUGUAAACUUUUGUUUUACAGAUGAUGCAGUCCUUUUGCAUAGUUUACAUCCACCAAUUAGUCGAACUGUUCUAGAAGCUUUAGCAUUUAUGUCAUAUUCACCUAAUUUAAUGCCACAAAUAACAUCCAAUGAUUCCCAAUCGUCCCGUUUAGAUAGACUAAAUCAAAUAUUGAAAUUAUUUCAAGAAAGAAAAUCUUCACGUGCUGUAACACGAAGUGGUGAAACACCGUGUUAUACUUCACCUAAUGAUGAAUUCAUUGAUUCAUUAAUUUUAAAACUCAAAUCACUGGGCCUAACGGAAUUAAUGGAAUCUCAGUUGGUAAAUUUAUCCAGUUAUAUUGUAAAUUUAUGCCAAAACGGUCGUCCUCAAAGCGCUUUCCAUUCAUCUAAUCCGAAAAUUAAUCGUAUUAUUCCGAAAUACCAAGUUUACCCCAUUGAAAACCGAGAUAAAAUGUUUCUAAGCUCGCAACCUAGAAAUGCUCAGUGUAUUAAUCCGAAAGAUUUUCUAGAAGAUCCUUCUCAUUUACAAUGGCUAUUAAGUUCACCAGUGAAACGUUAUGCAAAUCUCUUACGGGAACGUUUACUUUCUGGUCGUCUUUCAUUACACUUUGAUUCUGGAAAAAAAAUUAUUGUCGGACGUAGUUUAUUCUUAUCUCCACUGUCAACAUUACUUAACACUGGUGGAGAUAAUUCUUCGUAUGCAUCGGCCAAUACAUCGAAUACAAAUUUAACGAAAAUGGGAACGAUUGGUACACUAGUAUAUGGUGAAGUAAUAUCAUCAUCGUUUGCUGAAAUGAUGAAUCCAUUGUUUGGUAUUCGAUCAACUCCGAAAAGUAUGUUUGAAGUACAAAGUGAAAUGCCUAUUUGGCCAGAAUCACGUCCUCGAGGUGUUAUGUUAGCAAAUCUACAAGAGCAUCGUGCGGGAAUGAUCAGUUUAGCAACUCAUAGUUCUGGUAGACUAUUUGCAUCAUGCUCUAGUGGGGAUGGUUUGGUAAAAUUAUGGAAUUGUGGAUUCUGGCCUACUGAAUCUGAUGGUUAUGUAGACCAGUCAACUACCGGUAAUCAUUCUAGUCGUGUUAAUAGUGCAACAUCUGAACUAGUCCAAAAAUCAUCUAAUUUAAAAAAUCCAGAACUUGGGUUAGCUUAUUGUUUACCUACACGAUCAUCUUGGACAUUUAAUUGUAGUGAACAGGACUCAACCGAUUCAUCUAUUAAAAUAUGUCGAGUAAGUAUGAAUUUUUAUGUUUUGCAGGCUAUUUUUCAUUCCACAACUGAGUAAUUAAAUGAUAAAAACAUCUCCACUGGAUCGAUUAUUUCAUUAUAAUUAUAGAACCUUGAUGAGGGUCAUAAAUUUAACUUCUAGUGAGGUAGGUUGUAGAUGUGCGUUGCUGCGAAUUUCCAUAAUACCCAAUAUCUAUUCAGUGCUUCCUAGUUUUCAGCGAUUGUCUAUCCAAAGUUACUACAUGAGGUAAACUAAGAAUUCCAUGAAAUUUCUGUACCAAUCAUAAAUUAUUACGUAUUUUGUAGUUUUUCUUGGUUAUAUGUAAGUCAUACUAAUAACUUCUGAUUUUUUAUACCAAAACUAACCUCAUAGCAAAAUUCUAAUCAUUUUUGUCAGUUUUCAAGAUUCAUACAAUGGUUGUCGGUCUUAGGAGCAGGCUAGUACGUUACGAUCUUAUCUGUUUAUUUAUUUAAACACAUGAAGAUUGGUACGAAGGAGCACCAAAAUAUAUAUAUGCUCCAUAUAAAGUAGUUAUCAUUCAGUUUGCGUGUGAGCUGGGAUAUUACCUGGGUGCCCGAAUCGAAACAGGUGAUUCUCUUAGGAGGGGCCACUUAUCGAGCCUUUGGUCUAGGGAUUUAAUCCACAAAGCAAUGGAGCAACGUUGGGAGAUGCUACUCCAUGAUAGCCGGUACCCAAGACUAGGUUCAUGCACCUUUUUUUCUCUCAAGAUGCUGGAGUUCAUGUGCACCACUGAUUUGGAAUCGGGGUUUUCCAACUCCCCUAGGUGGACGCGCCGUGUCCAUCAACCCGGUUAAAGCGCCGGACAUUCGCUUUCCGUCCUCUCAAUUUCGUAAACUACACCCUCACCACGAGAAGGCAGUGAUUAGUACUCUCCUGGCAGGGUCUAUAUACACGUUUCGAGAAAAAAUUGGACUCUCCCCACCAUUUUCCAUAGCAGGGUAUUUGGGAGAUCAUUUUUUUAAAAUUCAAUGUCAACAGAGAUGAACAUGCUUAGUAUUACACGAAUAAUUUUAAAAGCAUUAUCAGCAUUCUUUUUUUUCUUGAAAUCUGCUUAAUAAAGUUUCACCUUGUUGUACCAUAAUUUACGCAUAACAUUUAACGUAUUUAAAUGCAAGGCAAUUAAACUGUUUUAAGCAACAAAAAAAGUCUACGAAAAUAUCGUAAAAAGGAUUAAAAAUUCCAAACAUUCAAAUUGCAAUAUGAUAUAAUGUUUUGAAUGGAUUUAUUUUCUUUAAAAGUGCUUCUCUGCACUAGAUCUCAUAGAAAACAAAUUAUUUUAUUUUCUAGAGUCUUGUUUGGACAUCGAAUGGAUCUUGUUUAGUCACCAUACUUAAUGGAAAAUGGUUACAACAAAUUGAUGUAGCUACUGGACAAUCUAAUGGACUAAGUCAAUUGAAAAUAAAUAAUUCUGGUCGUGCUGUAUGUUUAAAAACAUCAACAUGUUGUCAUUUUCCUUCUCAGUAUAAUUUAAUAAAUCAAGUUAUGAUCGGUGGAAGUGAUACUAAUUCAAUUGCUUAUUCUACAACUAGUAAUCAAAUCGUUGCACGUGAUUUACGUGUGCCAAACUCAAGUUCACCUGUAUGGAUUUUAAAACAAGACAGAAGUCAUGGUUUAAUACUUUCGAUGGCAGUACACAGUUUUCAUACAUGGCUUGUUACAGGAACUAGUCGUGGACAUCUUAUAUGUUGGGAUUUAAGAUAUAAACGUCAAAUAGCUUAUACAGAACAUCCAUACCAACCAGGUAUAGGUAUUUUAGAUUUGCAAAUAGCUGAAACCCAUUCUCGGUUUGAACUGGAUAAAAAGUAUGCUGGUCAAUCAUCCGAAAAACCAUAUCAAGUAGGACAAACUUUGAUUAUUGCUGCAACCGAUCAUCAUAAUGAAGUGACAAUUUGGGACUUGGAGUCCUCAGCCACAGCGUCAUCAUCUGCAGCCAUUUCAUCCUGUAAUUAUGGACUUCCCGGUUCUUUUGCACCAGUUCGCAGUACAGGAUGUUUAGCUUCGACGUGGGCUCAACCAGGCACUAAAACACCCCUUAUUCUUGAUAGUUCCUUACCACAUCGAUCAGUCCGAUCAAUUUUGUGCCUUCCUAACAACAGUGUUAUGCAGUUUAACGAAUAUAACAAACUCCAUUCUCAAGUUACUCAUUUGCCAGCUAUAGUGGCCGGUGGUAAUGAUGCACGUUUACGGUAUUGGAACUUCCGAAAACCAGAGGAUUCGUGUGUUUUAGUUUGGGCUGGGAUUGAUGAAGCUGCCCCUCCUCGACUUACCUACCGGUAAAUUGAUUUUUGUCUUUUUAUAUUCAGUGACACGAUGACAUUCAUCGAAAUUGAGCGUAUAUCUAGAACGCUGAUGUGGACAUUAAUGUUCAUACAUUCUACUAACAACGCUGAAUGUAUCUUCUGGGUUAACCAAUCCGUCUGAAUUUCGAAAAAUUCGAAAAUCAGCUCUAUGAAAACAUUUUUAGUUGAUCGAUUCUAAUUUCGCUUUGUGUUAGACUGAACGUCAUCCCACAACUUCAAGCAGAGAAGUAGCUACAAGUAUGCUAAAAGUGUAAUCUCGUCUCAUUUGUUCUGAAUGUUUUGCACCACAGUUCGUGAGAUCUAAGUCAUCGAAGCUUGGUUAUGAUAUAGGGUUCCAUACACUAUGAUGUAAGAACUGAUCACUGAACCAUAGUACUUUAAUAGUAUGCCACAGUUUACUUGAAUAAAAGCCCAUAAAUUGGUUGAGUUGUUUACACGAGCUGAAAUCUCUACAUGGACAUUCUACUUAUAGUAAUAACUAAACAAAGCCAGCACUGGUUUUGCGUAUCGAUAUCAUUCAAUUCACUUGCGAACUUCUAUUUCGCAUUGUCGUACUGUUUAGCUAAAAUUAUAAACUGAUGAUUUAAUAGUAUCGAAUACUACAUCCGCUAGGCAAUCAGUGUAACACUGGGGAUCUAUUGAUGGAGGUGAUAAUUUGGUACGCAUUAACUGUGGUUGAUAAUCACGAACCAAAUGGCGAUAGUAUCGUGCUAUUCGUCUUUAAAAUGUUUUUACUGCCUGUGAAAACUAAGACAGAAAAUGUGAAUACUUUUGCAACAAAAAAGUAUCCUGGGAUUUUAUCAUCAAUAAUAGGAUGUAAGCUAUUUCACUAAAAAGUGACCUGAAUGGUGUAAAAGUGUCAUUUCAUUGUUAGAAUCAACAUGAAUCCUGAAACAAAUAUUCGUUAGCCCAAGUUGUCAUACCGUACUAUCACAAGAUGAUUAGUGACGAGUCACGUUAUUGUAGUUUUACUGAGAAAAAAUAAAUAAAUACUGCGAAUUUGCUUCGAAAAACAGGAUGUAAAGGUAUGUAUAAAUGAAUAAUACUGGGACCAGAAAUCCUGAGCAAGAUGAAGAACUAGUGAGUCUGGAUCACUGUGAUCGGUUCUGAGCUAUCUCAGCCAACGUGUCCAACCACGAUGAUUGCAGUUAUUGUGUAGACCUUAUCCAAGUAGUCCGCACCUACUAGCAUGAUUUAAACCAAGACUCAUUGGAUUUAUGGACUGAUGUCAGCGUUUUGAUUUUCCCAUCCUCCUAACCAAGAUGACAAAAUAAUCUACCUUUUUCGACAAAAAAAGUUCCUACAUAACUAUAUUUUCAUUACCACACUAAAAGUGAACUAAUAUUACACAGAUUUCUUCUAAAAAAGCCUUUUCGAAAAUUGAUCAUUUUCCUUUAUUAUUAUGAUUGUUUAUAGGUCAAUAUAUGUAAAUGAUGUCA